UCUUCCGUAGCAACACAAUCCCUCUUUCGUCGAUUCUGGGACUCACCUGCUGGACCAAAGACUGUUCAUUUCUGGGCUCCUGCUAUGAAAUGGGCUUUAGUCUUUGCUGGUAUUGGUGACUUGCAACGUCCAGCAGAAAAACUGAGUGUUACUCAAAAUGUUUCCUUGAUGUUGACUGGUCUCAUUUGGUCACGUUAUUCAAUGGUUAUCAUCCCCAAAAAUUAUUCAUUAUUUGCUGUCAACUUAUUCGUAUUUGGUACAGGAGCAAUGCAAGUGGGUCGUAUC